AUGCAAAAACUGCAAAUCUAUGUUUAUAUUUACCUGUUUAUGCUGAUUGUUGCUGGUCCCGUGGAUCUGAAUGAGAACAGCGAGCAAAAGGAAAAUGUGGAAAAAGAGGGGCUGUGUAAUGCAUGUAUGUGGAGACAAAACACUAAAUCUUCAAGACUAGAAGCCAUAAAAAUUCAAAUCCUCAGUAAACUUCGCCUGGAAACAGCUCCUAACAUUAGCAAAGAUGCUAUAAGACAACUUUUGCCCAAAGCUCCUCCACUCCGGGAACUGAUUGAUCAGUACGAUGUCCAGAGAGAUGACAGCAGUGAUGGCUCCUUGGAAGAUGAUGAUUAUCACGCUACGACGGAAACGAUCAUUACCAUGCCUACAGAGUCUGAUCUUCUAAUGCAAGUGGAAGGAAAACCCAAAUGCUGCUUCUUUAAAUUUAGCUCUAAAAUACAAUACAAUAAAGUAGUAAAGGCCCAACUGUGGAUAUAUCUGAGACCCGUCAAGACUCCUACAACAGUGUUUGUGCAAAUCCUGAGACUCAUCAAACCCAUGAAAGACGGUACAAGGUAUACUGGAAUCCGAUCUCUGAAACUUGACAUGAACCCAGGCACUGGUAUUUGGCAGAGCAUUGAUGUGAAGACAGUGUUGCAAAAUUGGCUCAAACAACCUGAAUCCAACUUAGGCAUUGAAAUCAAAGCUUUAGAUGAGAAUGGUCAUGAUCUUGCUGUAACCUUCCCAGGACCAGGAGAAGAUGGGCUGAAUCCCUUUUUAGAAGUCAAGGUAACAGACACACCAAAAAGAUCCAGGAGAGAUUUUGGACUCGACUGUGAUGAGCACUCAACAGAAUCUCGAUGCUGUCGUUACCCUCUAACUGUGGAUUUUGAAGCUUUUGGAUGGGACUGGAUUAUUGCACCCAAAAGAUAUAAGGCCAAUUACUGCUCUGGAGAGUGUGAAUUUGUAUUUUUACAAAAAUACCCUCACACUCAUCUUGUGCACCAAGCAAACCCCAGAGGUUCAGCAGGCCCCUGCUGUACUCCCACAAAGAUGUCUCCAAUCAAUAUGCUAUAUUUUAAUGGCAAAGAACAAAUAAUAUAUGGGAAAAUUCCAGCCAUGGUAGUAGAUCGCUGUGGGUGCUCAUGA